UUGAACCAAAACUCCAUCCAUCACACCAAUUUUGUAGUCCAAUCCACAAUUAAUGGCAUGAAUUAUGGUUCAAGAAAAGCAGUCCAUCCAUUGAUCCUAGUAAACGGAUUGUUGCUUCAGUUACAAUCAAAUCCCAACAAAAUCUUCAAUUAACUGAAUAAUAAUACGGAAUUUCUUUUUUUUUUUCUUCUUCUGUAUCCCCUUUAUUUCCUCCCCCCCACCAUUCAACUGUAUCCCAUUCCCAUCCCCAUCCCCUUUGAUGUAAACAGCAGUCGGAUUUGAAUGAUCAACCAAAACCAACCCGGCCCCACCCCAGUCCUACCAAAUUUCCAUUCGGUUUGACCAAAACCACCUUUUUCCACACACACACAAAUAAAUAAAUAAAUAAAAAUCCAGCUCAUUUCCGGGCCCCACCACCACACGUGUGGCGACCCACUGUCAGAUAAACUCUCUCUCGCCUCCUUAUAGUAUAACCUCCUCCGCCCUUCUCCUUCCUCUUUAUCUCAUUUCACACAAAUCCAUCCACCCACCCAAAAAGACGAGAGAGAGAAACCACUUCGCCGUUCUUCACUUCUCACUAUGCCGGGAAGCUUAGAACCCCUGGAUUUAUCCGUCCAGAUUCCCUACCACUUCCGCUGCCCGAUCUCCCUCGAGCUCAUGCGCGACCCGGUCACCGUCUCCACCGGUCAGACCUACGACCGCUCCAGCAUCGAGUCCUGGGUCGCCACCGGCAACACCACCUGCCCCGUCACCCGCUCCCCGCUCCCCGACUUCACCCUCAUCCCCAACCACACCCUCCGCCGCCUCAUACAGGACUGGUGCGUCGCCAAUCGCUCCUUCGGGGUCGAGCGAAUCCCCACCCCCAAACAGCCCGCCGAGCCCUCCUUGGUCCGCUCCCUCUUGAACCAGGCCGGUUCGGCUUCCUGCCCCAACCCAUCCCGCCUCGCCGCCUUGAGGAGGCUCAAGGGACUCGCCCGCGACUCGGACAAGAAUCGCUCCGUCAUUUCCGCACACAACGCCAGGGAGGUUCUGAUUCGGAUCGCGUUUGGCGGCGGCGGCGGCGAGGAGCUGAUCCGCCUCGAGGCGCUGGCGGUCCUCGUGAUGUUCCCCCUCGGCGAGGCGGAUUGCGUCGGGAUCGCUUCCGAUCCGUCCAAGGUCGGAUUCCUGGCGAAUUUGCUGUUCCAUUCGUCGAUCGAGGCGCGGGUGAAUUCCGCGGCGAUGGUCGAGAUGGUCGUCGUCGGGACGCGGUGCUCGGAUCUGAGAGCGGCGGUGAGCGGGGUGGAGGAGAUCCUCGAGGGAGUUGUGGAGAUGCUGCGGAAUCCGAUCCCCUACCCGCGGGCUCUGAAGAUCGGGAUCAAGGCGAUGUUCGCACUGUGCCUGGCGAAGCAGACACGGCACAAGGCGGUGAGCGCGGGCGCGGCGGAGACGCUGGUGGACAGGCUGCCCGAUUUCGACAAGUGCGACGCGGAGCGCGCCCUGGCGACGGUGGAGCUUCUUUGCCGCGUCCCCUCCGGAUGCGAGGCGCUUGCGGAUCACGCGCUCACCGUUCCGCUCCUGGUGAAGACGGUGCUCAAGAUCUCGGACAGGGCGACGGAGUACGCCGCCGGGGCGCUGCUGGCGCUGUGCUCGGCGUCGGAGAUUUGCCAGAGGGAGGCCGUGAGGGCCGGAGUGCUGACGCAGAUGCUGCUGCUGGUGCAGAGCGACUGUACGGAUCGAGCGAAGAGGAAGGCUCAGAUGCUGCUCAAGUUGUUGAGAGAUUCGUGGCCGGAGGAUUCCGCCGGUAAUUCCGACGAUUACGUUUACAGUGAGGUCGUCCCGUUUUGAGGAAAUUUUUGUUUUGUCCGAUUUGUGUGAUCAAUUUUCCGUUCCUUCUUUCCUCUUUUUUUAUUUAGGUUUUUAAUUGGUACAAACAGAGAAGUAGAGGACGCUAAGCUAAGAAAACAAAGCAAUUCAAAGUGUUAGAUUGGUAAUGUAUAGAGGCCGGGGGGCAGACAGAGGAAGGAUUGAUAAAAAAUGUAAUUUUGUAUGUAAUUUCUUACUUUCUGUAUGUAAGAUUUGUUUUUUUCUUCUUCUCAUUCUUCCAAGGGGUAACAAAAACCGAUUGGCAAGGCAAAUGAAAAAUCGUCUUCAUU